CCGAGCCCGAUUUUUUCUUUUUAUUUUUAUCUUAAAUUUCCAAAAAAACAAUGGAAGAGUCUCAAGAGAUUCUGCUAAAAUCCUUGAGCACUUUCGGCGUUUCGAUCCCGGAGAACGUUUCGGAGUUUAACGACUUAACUCCGACAACGCUUAUUUCCGUCUGCUGCCAAUCACUUAAUAUCCUCGGAAACAACGAAGACGACGAUCAAAACGACGUAUCGUUUCCCGAUUCAGUUGAAGAUUAUGUCUCUACGGCUGAUAAGUUCAAGAUCUGUUCCGACAUCUCACUGGCUUUUAAGAAUCUGGGUUAUGUUGGUGACAUGAGCUAUCACAAGUUCUUAUAUCCAUCAGAAGAGGACUCAUAUAAGCUGGUAAGGUUUUUGGUGGAGAAGCUUUCCGGUUCAUCUGAAGCUGUAAAAUUUUCUGGGAAAAUAAAUGUCGGUCUGAGACAGGAAUUGGAGGAGGAUAACUUAGAGCAAGAUCUGGAGUCUUUUACUCAGAAUCUGGAUAAGGAAGAGGUUGAUCAAAAUCUUCAAAAAGUUGAAGCUAUCUUGCAAGAUCUAAGAGUAGAUGAAUUGUCAGAAUCAUCCGAGAUCAAGACUGGUGAUGUGGCCAUCAUCCAUGACCUAUUUAGUGAUUCAAAUGCUGAAGUUGUGGAAUCAAACGAUGCAUCUGGAAAUAAAGAAAUUGCAGAUCACAAAGAUGAUGAACAUGUUUCAACUUCUCCCAAAGAGAUGAACUCCAAGAUUCAGUAUGAAGCAGAAAACUUGCUAUCUCAAGAAAAAGUGCUGAAGGAGGAACUGAAAGCAAAUACUUCGCAACUGCAACAUCUUGAGGAAGAGCUUGGAUCGUGGAAGGUGGCAGCAGAUAUGGCAUUUGAUGAAAGUCACCCUAUGGAUUUUUUCUUGGAGCAACUUAAGAAGCAGAUCGAUGCCAAAAAGCAUAAUAUUCUGGAAUUGGAGUCACAGUGGGAUGCUUUCCGAAAACCUAUUGAAGAGAAAAAAAGAAACCUCGAGGAAUGUUUAUAUGCAAACAAUCCGGAGGCUCUAGAGAAACUCCAAAAGUUAAGAGAAAUCGAGCUAGAAAUGCAGUUCACCUCAUCUGAAAUUAGAAAAAGGGAGGAGGAAUGCUUGAAACUUGCCGCUGAUCUCAAGAAGCAGCCCAAGGUGGCAUCUCGCAGGUCCUAUAUUGAGAGAAUAAAGGAGAUCACGAAAAAUAGUGGCAAACUCGACUUGACAUAGAUCGCAUCUUAAGAGAAACUAGGGCGCUCCAGUUAGAAAGCAAUUCCAUUCAGGAGAGCCUUCAUCGCACCUAUGCUGUCUUGGAUGAAAUUGUAUUCCGGGAAGCAAAGAAAGAUGCAGACCGGCGACAGGUUUAUAAGCUGCUCACCAGUAUCCAUGACAGCUUUGAGCAAAUCUCUGAGAAAAUUCUCGCAACCGAUAGAAUCCGAAGAGAAACAGCUGAUCUUGAAAAAAAACUCGCUGCCAUGUCUUCCCAAAGCUUAAAUGCAGAUCAUCUACAAGCCGACCUUGAUGCCAUUGCAAAAGAAAACAAAUACCUGGAGCAACAACUGCGAGACAAUUGAAGCUAUGGUGUCACUGGAAUCUGUUAUUUCGACUUAAGGU